GUUCAUAUGAUAGGUAGAAAGAUGUAAGUCUUGGCUAGAGAAAAAUUCAGUUCCACACUCUUGAUUGUGUAUUCAUACUCGUUCCCCGCUCAUUGGUUGCGUUAAGCUACGCUCUGGCGUGAAGUUUUCAAAAUGGAGCACAGUCCGACGUUUCACGAGCGAGGUUACAGAGGCGAUAGUUCACCCACUGCCCACCCGUCCCUGAAUGCAGCAAACUACCAGGAACAGCACGAUAUUCUGGUCCGCACAGGAUCGAAGUCGUCCGGCAGCCAACCAGCCUCAGCGCGCGGGCGGAACCGACGCGCCGCGUCCGGAGCAGCAGGUUCUGAUCGGCACGCAAGUGGUUCUCUUCUCGAGCGGCAGUCAACAUCAUCACUCAGCCGUACCCGUCCCGUUUCGGGCCCGGAAACCACGUCGGGUCCAGGAGGUUCUUCUUCGUCCUCCUGGUCCGGCUUGUCUCGGCUUCCCGGACAGCCGACCGCCCUAGCCCGCCCCCAGGGGACCCUGACGGUAGACCUCGCACAUCCCUUUGUGGUCGUCGGGAAUCCCCCUACCGAGUCGUCGUCGCAGCAACCGGUGGGGUACAUCUACACGGGACCGCCGCCGGAGGCCCUGGCUGCGAGAAACCGCAGAAACCAAUCGUCGUACAUAUACCACGACUCCGGCUCCCGUGUUCCCAUCGGUAGCCCCUCCUGGCAAGUGCAUCCGGUCACGGUGGCUUUUCGACUCGGUGGCAUCCCAACCACCGUCUGGUUCUCGGAGUGCAAGUACUUGUAGUCUAAAAAUUGUCUGCUGUUUAUGCCGUGUACGCUUUUGUUUACUCGACCACGACCGGUGUGUGUGGCUAUAUUCUUUUAGGCUCAUCAUUCAUGUAGUCUUUCUCUUUGUCAUUGUCUUUGUUUGGGAGAACAUAAACACGCACCGAUCGUGAUACCUCUACCUGCGACAAACCGACUGACAGAAGCUCGAUGAUUUUUACUUUACUGCAGGCCGCCUUCAGGGGUUGAAUCGACGGAAACCAUGAAGCAGUGGGGUGGUGGGAACCACGUGAGACUCGAGACCGGUUACACGCCUCCGCCCAACCCACUGUUUCACCGUCUGAAAAUGCCGAAAGCAGUGCGGGGAUCGUUGCUGGCGAAAAACGCGUAUCUGGAGGUGGUCACAACCUUGGACUACUUCGCGCUGGUUUAUUCCCGGUAUCUGCGCAGCUGCAAAAAACGUUUCCGCCGGUUCACGGGAAGCAGUGGCGGAGAUGCUCAACCUUGCGAUUCGCAGAGCGUGGCAAAAGAGCUGCCGCACGUCCACUAUCGCGAGGUCCCGCAUUUGCCCUGCAGUCGGAGCUUCGAGCACUUCGAGAAAGGCGACGCGGACCAGGUUUUCUCGCGGUCGCCGGUCAACGCGCGGUUUCUCGCGGGCAAGCGCGUGGCGACCCGCAGUGCUGCUUUCAACCCGCCAAGCGCGCAGCGAACCUCGUCGAAGCUUGCUGGGAAUAAAACAGGUCCAGCAGGAGGGGAACAAGACGACCAACUACAAGUCACGAAUUCCUCGUGGGGCGGCUUCUUUUCCUCGUUCUUUAGUGGCAAUGAUCCGGACACCGACUUUCCAUCUAACACGCAGCCACCCGUCCGCCGCCUUACGGAGAGAGGGCCACCUACACCUUCUUCAACAUCUGUUCUGAAUGCCGGCGCUGGGACGUCCACACUGACCACGAACCAGCGGUUUUUACCUGAAGAGGCGGCGGAUCCAAGUCAAAUCCAUGUCCGACACGACCAAGUUUACAUGUGCAUGCCUCGUUACGAUCUCAUGCGUGUCGAAGGACGGGUAAGCUCGCUGGAGCCCAUCGUCGUCAACCAGCGCCGGCCAGUGGAGGAUUCUGCGGUGGGCGUUUCGAGCGACAUCACGGGCCGGGCGAGUUACGACAUGACCGACAGUUUCGUGCGGGAGCUUCUGUCCACGUUCUUCCGCAACCAAAUGCUGCGCAUGUCAGAAAGUGCCAACAGACUUGGAAACAACCAGGCGGCUGUCACAAUGCGCGCCCGAGCAUUGGUACUAAUGUGGUCUCUACGACUGACUGAUGUUGUCUAGUACUCCGGUCUGUGUUUGCGAUUGCGUUCUUAUUUGCCACGUACUGACUGUGGUGAACGUAAAUUCAAAUUGAGAAAAUUAGAAGGACAAGUAUCCAACUAACAUGCAACAUGCAUCAUUUUUUCUGACCGCACUGAAUCUUCUGAAACAGGAACGCAUACAUCAAUCAACGGAAACGCUUUAUGGUCCGGUGCCAUCCAACGAGAAUGACGAAGAGCUGGUUUGCGAGGAGGCGCCGGGGUCCUCCACGACAGGCAGGAACACUUCAACGGACGCCGCUACCACACGUCUCGCGCAGCGGUUCGCAUUUACUCCAUCCGAGCGAUGGCCCUCUGCGUCCACAAGUGGUACAGCGGGAAACAAGAAAGCAGUGCCGCUUUUGGAUCCUGUGGCGGACGAUCACGGAAGCGGCGGUGCCUCCUCUUCCUCUAGACCAGCGCCGCCGCCGGGAACAGGGAUCACGCCCGUCGUAGGUACAGUUGGUUCCCCGUUCAGGGAUGGGCCCAAUGCGCGAAGCAGCAGCAGUUCGACGAUUCCUCCCCGAAUCGCGCACCCCAGCGCUGACUUGUACACGAUGCGGCUAGAUCCUACCGCCCAGGUGAUUAUUUCGCAGUCGCAAACCACCCGGCUUUCGCGUGUCGAUUACAUCAUGCGGAACGUCGGUCCGGCCCGGGGCGCGCCGGAAAGCGUGGUGGUAUCGACGGGGCGUGCGUUGCCGCAGACCAAUAUCCUCCCCCGGGGUAUCUUGCCGGGAGGAGGAGAUACAUUUGCCCUCAACCUGAUUGAGCAGGCUGCGGAGGCCGAACCGCAGGGCGCAGCGCAGCCCGAAGCCACGGCUCUACACGCUGGUAACUUUCGCCGCGUCGCCGCACAACGAGAGAACGCACAGGGCAGUGGAGAGACAGUCGGCGGUCUAGGUGGAGUUGCAACAUCUUCUGCGGGGAACGCCACGGAUGCAGCUGCUGCCAGCGCAGCUGCGGGUCCGCGUGCUUCCGUCGAUACGGAAGCCGUAUUGGGAGUGGUCCCCGCACCAGGAGGUUCAAACGCAAAUGCAUCUUCCGCCGCUGCGACCAACCCCCGCGCCCAACCGCGAGCUACCUUGUUGCAAAGGCCCGACGAGACUACACUUCGUCGGACGCGGCGAAGAACUUGUCGACGGCGGCUUUAUUCGGACCCGAUUGACGCCGUGCCGAGUUUCAUGCAUUUCGCGGAUGCCGUCUGGCAGGCGCGGCCACGAGCCCUACGGUGGACGGAGAUAAUCCAGGUGUAUAAUCGGCGGCAGGCCCGCUUUCAGGAGGCGCAUCUGAACAACGCCGCGGAUCGCUUGCUCCGCUCGGAGUUGCUCCGCGCAGAGGUCCGCGGUCUUGCGAGUGCGAGUCCGUCCGCAGUUGGCCUGUUUGAGGGGGUUGACAUGGGCGCGCGUAUGGAUUCAAUGCGGGAGUUGUCGCACCGAAGUGCUUCGUCGUCCAGCAGCAGCACUGCGGACCACCCGCCGGUCGCUCCGCUCUUCCAAGGACCGCCGGCAGUUUCGGACUCCGCGUCAUCGUUUUGGACGGCAGGCGCGAAUUACUUAUUUGGAGGGACUUCUUCACGGUCUCCUUCCCAUCCCGAGCCAUCGUCGUCCUCAAGCCUGAGGCCUGGGGACGAACAGAGAAGUGUUGCCUUGCGGUUGCUGCCCGACAUUUCCUCGACAGAAAAUGUGGCUGCGCGGUCGGCUUUGGACCCGCAGAAUCCGGAUCGGCGUAUUUUUGGUGGUGGCGUUCUUGCGUCCGAUCCGGUCGACCGACCUACCGCCGCCUACGUCACGGAAAUCUCCAGGCGACGGCGAGAAUACACACCGCCGGUUCGAGCUAAUUCGCCACGUAAUUCCACCGCUCGUCGCUCUUCUGAGGCCUCGGGGUCCAGGCCGGCUUCGCCAAGUGCAGCGGGCGGCGACGCUAAUGCGUCGAGCCCGGCAGUACCAGUAGAGGUGGCAGAAAGAGAGAGUGGCGCAGCGAGCGCCUCGUCCCCGGGCGCUGCAGAUAAUUCAGUGUUAGGUGCAGCUAACGAACCCGUGGCCCCCGCGCAGUCCUCUCCCGCGGCGGAAGAUUCGCAACCACCUGCCGCAAACCCACCAGGAGACAAUGACGAAUCGCAAGCGGUUAUGUCUUCAACGGUCGUUAGCAUACAGAAGGGUGAAUUUCCAGUGAAUUUGUAUUGCGUGGCAUGAUGCAUGAAUUAAUCUUCAGGUGCAUGCGAAGAACUAGAACACGAGGACAACAUACAAGAAGCCAGCGCGCCGCGUUGAUGGGCUGCUUGGCUGGUGGCGCUUCCCUCCUGUGGACGCUUGCCGCUUGUUGCCCAAAGAGGCGCACCUGGUGGACUGCGAAGCAACGCAGGUGGCUUAGGGCGGUCUUACAACACGACGCUGCAUGAUCCGCAGACUCGAUAGUGGCGGAUCGACCGGGACGAGGGCUAUGCCUGUAAAGGGGGUCAAAGGUACUAGCUCAACAUGUCAAAAUAGAGAAGUCGCGUCACGGGUUGUGGCUGCCUCGGCUUGGAUAUCUGGAGACAGGUUGCUACGGAUGCUAGCAUCGCCUGCUUUGCUCUGUAAGUAAGCUCCUCCCAGCUGUGUUCCUGCCUCAUCUUGGUCGGUUCCUCUAGUAGUCUUCUUUGACGUGACCCCCAGGUCAGGAAUUCUCUUGGUGAAUUUUGAGGCUUUGUCUUUUUGCGAAACUUUUUUGAAGCCCCAAACUCGGAGUUUCUCACGCGCUAGCGAAUUUUGAACAGGCACCGGAACCCAAAAUUCACCGGCGCCCUUUUCAAAAUUCACCCGAAAAUUCACCGAGCGCUCCUUUUCGACCGUGAUAAGCAAACUUUGGCGCAGAAAAGUGCUCAAAAAUGUGCACAGGUAGGCCCUGGGGAGUGGGGCCGAGGGGAAAAGACAAGCGCCCUCUGUUGCCCUCAGCCCGUCUAUAUUCUGCCGAAAAGGCCUGGGGAGUUCACGCGCCUGCCGGGUAGAGGCGUCAAAGCUCUCGGCCUGGUCCUUUCACUCGUUUUUUUGCGCCUUCUUCCCUAAUUGCAUGCGCUUCGCAGCCUUUCUUUUUAGCGUCUUUGCCGCGGCUGCUGCAGUGCUCUAUGCGAGCACAGGGAGACGAAUAGACAUGGCCAAAGAACGGCACCCAGGCCAUGCCUAGAAGCUGCCCGCCGCAUAACUAAGCCUUGACUUCUGCGGUGUGCAGAACCCACUUCCCAGAAGGGCAAGAGGGAUAAUGCCCCGGCGGACUCAUCUGCAAUCUGUCAUGCAAAAUUCACUACAAAUUCGCCACUUCUCAUGCUAACGGGUGUUAAAGCUGUAAGCAAGCCGCAAACCCACCAGGAGACAAUGAUGAAUCGCAAGCGGCAAAUAUAUCCAAAAAAAAAAUGUUAACAUUAACACUUUCACUAGUCAAAUUUUUGUCAUGUUUUUGUGCGAUUUUUUUUUAUAUUUUUUCACGCCAAGUAAUGAACUACUGUAGCUACUCGAAAUAGACCCCACGGACAACUAGCUACAGCGAGAUUUCUAUGCUAUUGUUGAGAGCUAGCUAGGCUCGGGCCUGCCGGCGCGGCGGACGUGAAGGAAAACAAGGCGGCCGAGGUGGCGGCCAAAGGUGCGGGGAGACUGGAAAACAAGGCGGCCGAGGUAGGGGCUGGAAUGAGCCUGCUGAAGGCGUUGGAGCAGUGUACUCGUUUUUCCUCCGUGCUAUAAUGCGCCAUCAUAAUCGUGCUGCCUUCAUCGCAGCCCAGUCUUCAGUUGCUCUUCUUGACUCUAGGGAAGACCGGGGCCAGAGGUGGCCCAGCUUUUGCCUUUCGCCGUUGACCCCAGCGAAAGACAAAAAAGGCAGUUUUUUUGAGUCAAAGUAGACGACUUUUUUUUGCAAAUGUUAACAUAUGCCCAAAAUUCUGCAUUUCCGCACGGAUAUCUGGACUCGUGUGGAAAUGUUAACAUUUGCCCGAAAAUCUGCAUUUUCGCACGAGAUUCUGCGACUUGGCUGAAUUCUUUACUUUCGGCCAAAAAUUGGCGCUCAAGCAAAAUCGCAGAUUCCCGUGCGAAAAUGCAGAUUUUCAGGCAAAUGUUAACAUUUCGGGCUACGUCCAGAUUCCCGUGCAGAAAUGCAAGGCUUUGGGCAAAUGUUAACAUUGGUCUGCAAAUUUGCUCAAAAAAUGCUCAAAAGUUGCCAUCUUUUUUGCGCAAAUGUUAACAUCCGGCUCCGAAACGUCCCCGAAUGUUAACAUUCCCAAAAAAGAGCGCUUCCCUGCAUUACAAAUUGAACAUUUUGAAUUUAAAAAAGGUGGCAGCCCGAUCUCCAUGGUCGCGACCCGUUGGUGGGCCGACUACAUCAUCAACCAGACGAAGGUCCGGAACCAGCUGGAUUGCUUUCGAGCAUUAGUCGCAAGCGAGCAGCGCCACUACCUACGCGCGCACGAAGGCCCACGCACGUUCUCGAUGUAGCAGGACGGAUCCCGAGACCUUAGCCUAGUUAGAUCAAAACAUAAGCUACAGCAUUUAGCUAGUUGUCCAUGGGUUGAUAUACAUACUAUCGCUCAUUGUUCAGCGCAAUUCCAAUGCAAAAAAUGAUUUUUUUUUGUCAAAAAACGCACUGAGAUUUUAACUAGUGAAAAUGUUAAUGUUAACAUUUUUUUGUUCCACCUCCCGCAAACCCACCAGGAGACAAUGAUGAAUCGCAAGCGGCAAAUAACGAGCCGGGAACUACCAGUUCGGCAGAAGAGGAGGAACGCGAAGAUGUGGAGGAGGUGGAAGCAGAGAUGCUCCGCGGGGAGCAGGAAGAUGAAUUGACCCUGCACGGAGCGGCUUUGGAUGCCUUGACGGCACGGUUCUCCCGCGAGCGCAAAAUUCCCUUCAUGAAUCCGAUCGCCGAGGUGCCACCGCAAAUUGUGUACUUCGCCGUUUUUUGGGUCACUUUUCUCAUACAGUGGGGCGUUUUCCUGCUCGGCUUCUACUUCCUGUUCUGGUACUGUGAUACAACCGUGUACUCGACGGGCGACGAGAAGGCCAUCGCGGAUACCUACUUCAUGGUCGGAUUCCUCGUCAUCUACUACGGUAGAUUCGUGCUCCGAUACAUCUGUCUGUACUUCAUGUGCGGACUUCUGAUUCACCGAGCCCAGAACCUGGAAAAGCAGCUAACCGCACCGCUAAUAGAAGUGGAGGCACAUCAUGAUCAGGAACAAGCUCUCAAUAUUAAACCGUCAUCAAAGAACUCAGCCGGAGACAACAAGGCAGCUCCUGGGAGUGGGUGUACUGCGGGUCCGUCCGGAGCACGACCGGCAGCUGAGCUUAGCAGGCUUCACGGCGGGCAUCCGCUGCAGCUCCUGGCAACGCCGCACGCGAGUCGACGCGGCGGCAGUGCCGAGAAGGCCGCGGCUGUGCUAGGCGCCACCGAGGAGCGCAGGGGCUUUGCUGCUCGCUACGAGGAGCUGUCCUCCGAUGAGAACCAGGGCACCGUCCUGUCGCAAACGUGGUGGUUUUACAUGCUCGCGCAUCUGCGGGCGGCGCUGACGCAGGAGCUGACGUCCUACUUCAUCGGCACAAUUUACCUCUACUACUGGGUGGACUUGGACGGGAGCAGCAGGUGCGACUCGCUCGUGUGGUGGCUCGCCGCGUACCCCGUGUUAGAGACCGGGGUCCCGGUGGUUACCUCCCUGCUGGUCGUCGCUAUUUUGGCAGGCUGGUUCUGGUUUGCCUACCUCUGGAUUGUGCUGCUUGAUUGGCCCGCCAGCAACCGCCUGCUCGCAAUUCUGGAGUUCGGGAUGGUGGCCGACAACGCAAACCAGACCAAGGUGGAGCCGGAGGUGCUGGAGAAAAUUCCCGUGGUGCAGUACCAGGACCUACUGAAGACCUUUCCCGCCGACAUGCAGGAGAAUCUGCGGAAGCUACGCGAGUGCAACUUCGACCCCAGCAAGCUCGCAAGCGGGUCUGACGCAAACGAGCUCGCGGGGCUCGAACGCAUGUCUGCGGCGCAGUGUUCCAUUUGCUACACCGAGUUCGACGAGGACGACCUGGUGAUCCAGAGUCCCUGCUUCCAGUACCACGUCUUUCACCCGGAGUGCAUCACCGACUGGUGGAAACGCUCGCGACUGUGCCCCCUCUGUCGCACCGAUAUCCCGGAAAAAAUCACUGGGCGCCCCUGGAAACCCGUGCACCGCUGGCGCAGGUUUCGGCUGAGCGACAUAGACGAAGAGGAUCCGAACGCAAAUGGCAAUGCAGCAGGACCCGCUGCGGUGUGAGCAGGAGUAGCUUGCAAGUGGCACUUCUAGUGGUGUCCUCCCUCUUGCUCUUCAUCUGCUUCUGUUGAAGCCUCGUCCUAUUCCAUUGUCUCACUGCGUCGAUAGGGGCAAGAGCCUAGAAGACGAAGACGUUAGUUGUAGAAAGAUUGAUAGCUUCAGCUCCACCUAUAUGGUACUUUUCAAGUGUCGGUAACUACAAUGAACUUAGGGAUCAUCCUUCAGUAGCGGGGUUCGUUGUAGCGGAUGAUGACAUUCCUGAAAUUUAAC